AUAUAAAAAAUUCGGGAGAUUGAAUGAUUUCCUAUAUGUAUUUUUGACUUCAACAAACAUCAUUUCUCUCCAAUUGUGCAUGAAACCGCGUGCAGCUGCAGCCUCGAUCAUCCGCCGUCGAUAAUGGCAGGAACAAGUAGAGGAAUGUCAAGAAAAGAUAAGCCAAGAGGGCGUCAUCAAGGUCUGAAUCAGAGGAAAAGGCAAGAGAUCAAAGAAGCUUUUGAGCUCUUUGAUACAGAUGGAUCUGGAACAAUUGAUGCCAAAGAGCUUAAUGUUGCAAUGAGGGCCCUUGGCUUUGAGAUGACAGAAGAGCAAAUAGAACAAAUGAUUGCUGAUGUGGACAAGGAUGGCAGUGGGGCCAUUGAUUUUGAUGAAUUUGAGCACAUGUUGACUGCAAAGAUUGGUGAAAGGGAUAGUAAGGAGGAGCUAGUGAAAGCAUUUCAGAUUAUUGACCAUGACAAAAAUGGGAAAAUAUCUGUGGCUGACAUUCAGCGCAUUGCCAAAGAGGUGGGCGAAAAUUUUACCGAAGUAGAGAUGCGAGAGAUGAUUGAUGAAGCGGAUCGUGAUCGUGAUGGUGAAGUGAAUUUAGAUGAUUUUUUGAGGAUGAUGAGGAAGACUAGCUAUGGGUACUAAGAUUCAGUGCUAAUAAACUAUGGGUUCUUUAGUUUAUUUAAGUGAUGAAUGAAAUAAAGGGAUAUUUUAAGUUUCUAAUAGAAAUAGUAAAAUUAGUGUUUGUUUCUUUAAACAAUGAAUGUAGUUUAAGGGUGACCGUUAACGCCGUUAGAACUGAAAAGGUAAUUUUUUUUACUUCUCAAAAUGUUACUAACUGUUAAGGUUGUACGGAGGAUGUGUAUUUGACUGCUAUCUCACUACAUCAGUAUUGAAAUGAUAUAAUGUGUGUUAAUUAUAGAUUGUUUUGACAAUGAUGUUUGAGUAUGAUUUGGUGUUGGGUCAAUGAGUACAUAAGUGUGAUUCUUUGUUUGUUGUCUUUGUUCAUUAAAUUUUUUUGUGAUGA